AUGACGCCGAGUGCCCACUCCCCCACCUCGGUGGCCACGAACACCUCAGGUUCGAGUCCACCCUUCAGGCGACCAAACAAAUCCUCCGAGUUUACACCAGACGUCUCUAAGAGGGGUGACGACAACGGAUGUCUUGACCUGAGCACCAGCGCCAUUACUACUAUGAAUGCCGCUGCCGCUGCAGCCACCACGAUGUCCUGUGAAGAGCAGACGAGGGGUGGAGUAGAGUACCUCAAAAAGUGUCACAUUUGCAGUGCAGAGUUGACAGGAGGUGUGGAUGAGUUGACGAGGCACCUAACCUUUGUGCAUUUGAUCCCUAUGCCUCUGAUGCUCGGUCAGUUGGCUGCCAUGGCUGUUGGAAUGAAGAGUGGGCAAAGCAAACCCUUCUCCCCUUCCACCUCUUCCGCCACCAAUAUUCCACCACCGCUGCCACCUCCUCCACCAUCCCUACCAUCACUUUUGCCAAUUCACGAAAAUAUGCCACAUGGCGGUUGGGACAUUCCAAGCCUGUUGGCGGUAUCGAAUUCGUUGGGGCGGAAUUCCCCGGGUGAACGACCACCUCAACUGUCCUUCCCCUUCGGACAGUUUGACAGUAUGCCUCAACAAACCCCACCUCCUCCACUCCCACUAGGCUCGAAAAAUUUCUUCGGACUCAACUUCGAUCUGCCUCCGCUGCCCCUACUCGAGCGAAAUGGUGAAAUAGGUCCUCGCCACCCCUCGACCUCGGAGCCGGAGUUCAAACGCGCACGUAUUGAUCCUCCGCUUGGUAAGACCCUUCUCGCAAAAACCCCCAAUGACUUUAUACCUACUCGUUUGCUACGAGUACGACCUCACUUAAGCCCCCGUUUCAAGCGAAAUAGUGAAAAAGCUUUAUUUGUGUGA